CCAGUUUUCGAGAAGAAAAAAGAUCACAAUUUUGUUUGCGGUCGAGUAUGUAUGACGAAGAGUUUUGUUGGUGUGAAACAACUUAUCGAAGAAAAGUGUUUUAGCAAAUGCUUUGUACGGCAACAAAGUAAACAAUAGUAUGCAAUUUACAAGAUAAUAAAUAAAUUAAAGAGGCGUGAGUCCAAGGUGUAACUGUAAUUGUAAGAGAACAAAACAAGAUGAGCGCCCCAAUUAUCAUCACCGUUCCUAACAACUACCUAGCGAUGGAGGACAUGGACUCCCAGGUGAUGGUCGACGUUUCGUCACCAUCACCAUCACCAUCGCGAAAGAGAAGGCUGGACCAUCUCACAUGGGAGGAGAAAAUGCAGCGGAAGAAAUUAAAAAAUCGUGUCGCAGCGCAGACCUCACGCGACAGGAAAAAGGCUAAAAUGGAUGAAAUGGAAAGUCGUAUCAAACAUUUUAUGGAUGUCAAUGAAAAGCUUAUUAGUGAAGUGGAGAGUUUGAAGGCACUGAACGAGCGUCUGUUAAGUGAGAACACGAAGCUACGCAGUGAGGCGGCGGCUCGCACCGUCGCGGGAGCCCCGGGACCAGCAGCGUCUCAGCCUCAGCAGAAGGUGGGGCUCCCGUCGGCGAUGCGAGUGGCACGCCUGCUGCUAGCGAUGUGCCUCUUGCAGACAUCCUCGCACAGUUCGAAUCUGAAGAGUACCUCGACACCCUUCAGCAACUUGCAAACUCCCUCCUCCAAGAAAUUGAUACAAACACUGCAGGAGCGACUCAAGAUGUAUCAAUCAGGGAAACUGGAGAAUGCAUUGCAGGACCUCAAAUGGUGGGGACCUCAGCAAAGCAACUGGAAUCCGGUGAAGGUGGAUGCGUAAACAUCAGUCCGGAGUACAAGAGCCCAAUUGACAUCAAACAUGAUGUUGACAGGAUAAAGUCACAACACUCUUAUGCACAUCCCCAUCCAGACAUUGUGGUCACCAGGCCCCAAGAAACAGUACAAAUUAAAGAAGAGGACUGGGACAAAGGAGACAUUUUCUACACAACUGUAGAUGAAGCUAAUGAUUGUAUUACUAUAGAAGUUCCCUGUGAUGAUGCAAUUAAAGACGAAAUUGUACCAGUCAGUA